ACGAUGUGAUUUGUAAAGCUCUGCUGAAUCUUUUGUCCAAAAGCGACAAUACCUUAAGACACACACAGGGCAUUUAUGUCUCUUGGGUCUCAGGCACAUUUUUAUUUUCAACGCUUACUACAUUGUUUACAACAAACCCAGUGUUAUAUUGUAGCGAACAUAAUGGCCCAAUUGAGUGACUGCGUCUAACCUGGGUUGGGCAAACUAGAUGAGACUAUAUAACGUGUGUAAAAUAGUUUUUUUAAUUUAAAAAAGUCAUUGUCAUUUUAAGGUUAUAUUCAGUGAGCCAAUUGUUUAAUAGACAUAAAUAUAUUUUAGUUUAGAAAAAGAAACCGGAGAAAUUACCACACCAGUUGAAAGACCCUCGAGUCUGUCUAAAACAGAUCAGGUUUUUAACCAUUCUACCAUGAAGCAAUCAUGCACUUAAUAAGGACACAAUUUGUAUUAGUAUUAAUACACAAGAUGACUUACACGACGGACUUGGGGGAACGUUGCCUCGGUUACUACGUCACGCUAACUUUGUUGUCAUUAUGGUCUUUGGACUACGUCCUCGACGUGGACACUUCAAGCAGGGGGACAGCAAAUUAAUUUGAAUUCACUCGAUAAAACGUGUAAAAUAAACACGAACGUUUCGAAAAGUAGGAAACGAAUCAAACUUGUGUGUUCUGGCAGGUGACGGAAUGGGGAGGAGAGAUCAGAAAAGCGAGACAAGUAGCGAGUCUUUGAACACGUUGUGUUAUCACUUGAAGGUACAGCCAGGAGUGCCCUGCAAAACAUGGAUAUUAUUCCAACCAUCAUUGACAAACUAUCAAUCAAUGACGCUGCUGUCCAAGAAUUUGGGACCCUUUGCCUCUCCUGUCUGUCCGCGGAUUCCUGCUGCCAGGCCCAGAUCAUUGAGAACAAGGGUCUGCCACUAUUAGUCAACCUCCUCUCUAAUGCUGACCCAGAUGUCCAGAAGAACUCUCUGGACAUCAUCUACAAUUUGAUUCAGGACACACAGCUUUGCCGGGCUGUCAUCGAACUACAAGGGCUUCGUCAACUACUCGCACUGCUCAAGUCAACCUUCAGUGCCCUUCAGCAACUGGCUUUAAAAACAUUGCAGGUCAUUUCUACUUGUGAAGAGUCACAAAGCGCCUUCAGGGACGAACGGCUAUUCGAUGACCUCAUUGAGAUCCUCAAUGAUCAGGAUUUGGUUGACCUACAUGGGGAGAGCUUGCUGGUUCUUUCCAAUUGCAUGAGUGACUUCGAGAGUUUCCGGGUGAUACAAAAGGGAGGAGGCCUGUCUUUGCUGAUGGAGCUGCUUAUUAACCCCAAAUUGCCUGAAAGCCCGGCCGUUUUGCCUAAAAACGGCAGUCCAGAAAUCCAGGCCAUUGCUGUUAAGUGCAUCGCGGGUGCCGCUCAGAACCCUGGCCUUCAACCAUUUCUGAACGAGCAGAGGAUUGAGAAGGUUCUGGUGGAUUUUUUGACUAGCGGCAGCGACGGCGUGAAAAUGUAUGCUUGCCAAGCCUUUGCCUUGUUGACCUCCUUCCCGCCAAGCAAAGACCUCUUCAGGGAUUUAGGUGCCAUACCGGUUGUGGUUCGGUUACUGAAGAGUAAAUGUCCAGAGAUCCUCGAGCAUGCUAUCCAGGGCCUGACCAAUAUCACAUCUGGAGAUCAGCACAAUACUAUGGAGGUAUUUUAUGCAGGAGGACCCGAGGUGCUUGUGCAGAGGCUACAAGACACGUGUCCGAAAGUGGUGGCCAAUUCUCUAACAUUACUCGGAAGGAUGGCGGGACAUGAAGCCAUCCGGUGUAACGUGAUCUCACAGGGAGUCGUGCCAGCACUGGUGGAAACCUUGAAAUCGGAAGACACGCAGGUCCUGAUCAGUGCCUUGCUCUGCACCUGCGAACUGGCAUUUGAGGAAGACACCAGAACACAACUGCGAGAGGCCGAAGGCCUUGGACCGCUGGUCGGUUUGCUGCGUUCCAGUCACAUGGAGGUGUUGCGCUGCACGUGUAUGGCAAUCAGUGUUUGUACAAAGGAUGAGCCCACUGCUGUGGAGAUGUGUAAACUUGGAGCCUUGGAAAUCCUUCAAGAAAUCACCCAGUCAAUAACUCGUAGGAGCAAAUUCACCGAGUUUGCCUUGAUCAGUCUGCUGAAAUACAACGUGUCUGUUAAAUAUGGUCUGCUCGGCUAUUUGGCCGCGACUGAUGUCAUCACAUUUGGCUUCUAUGAUGCUGGGAAGGUUAGCUUUUGUCAGAAAGUUUUGACCUUGGAGGAACUCUGCAUGGAACCAGUAAACCAACUACGGCCUGUCAUUCUUGUCAACGCAAUCGAGAUGAGUGAUGAGGUGCAACAGAAAGACGAGGCCCAGUCAGAGUCUAGUCAAGAGAGAAAUCGUAAAGUGAUGGAUGACAUCGCAUUACCGCUUCUCGUUAAAGAGGUGAAAGAGUCCAUUGAGCCUUUGAAUGAAGAACAGGAGCAAUAUGUCGCGUUGGCCAGGUUUGUCAGCGAAAUCAUGGGUGGAGCCAUUGAAAAGGAAGACCUGGACGCAUUUCCGUGGUUGCAGCACCUGGAUGAACUCAGGUGUAAGCUGCAGUGCAACGUCAUCCCCAUUGGCAUGAUCACAAAAGGAUUUUAUUGCCACAGGGCACUUCUUUUCAAGUACUUAGCUGAUGCCGUUGGCCUGAGGUGUACUCUGGUUCGAGGUGACUACAACCGAGCUUGGAACGAAGUACUGCUCUACAAGGGAGAUUCCUGUAGCAAUGAAAACUUCUCACAGCCGUGUUGCUACAUUGUGGACCUGAUGCAUGAGCCUGGAACCUUCCUGGAAGUUGACAGCAUUGCUGCUAGUCAGUAUGAAAGCUUAUAAGAGCUGCCGAGAGUUGGAACUGGAACUAGUUUAUUCAAUAUUUGGACAGUAGAGUGAAAUGGUCGUAUGGUGACAGCCAGCCAUCUGGCUAAAAAAGUCCUUCUCAAAUAGCGGGGCUGACUCCCACAUUUUUUUCAUGGGGGUGAGGUGGGUUAAAUGGCUAUGUGUGACCGUGGAGAAUAUUUUUUCCCCGUACUAGAAUGAAAUGCAAAUGCACAUCCACUACAGUAGGUGGCAGUAAGAGUGCACGGGGGGUAUUAGCUCCAAACUGCAGGUGUUCUUUUGCACUGAGCAUGCACACAACACUAUAGAGUAGGGAGACGUCAAGUGCAGUGAAUAAACCCUGAAGAGACACCACAGAAUCAUUUACCAUGGAUGAAAAACAAAGGCAGAUGAAAAAAGAGUGAAUAAAGUUGUUGG